CAAUAGUCGAAAUUGGUCUACAAAAUUGUAUAAAAGGCUGGCAAACAAAUUGAAAUUAUUCAUUUUUUUCUAUAAUGCUUUUAAAAUUUUUGUUUUGUGCCAUGUCAUUGGUCGCUGCAGUUGGGGCCAUAAAAUGUUACUUUUGCAACGACGAUAGAAAACAUGGCAACUGCGAAGAUCGCUAUUGGCCAGUUUUUGAUUGCGAUGGGAGCUGUGUCGCGUAUGAGGCUAAGAUUGCAGAAAAACCAAAAAGGCUUCCCCAAGUUUAUGCUGCAAACUACAUGAGGAGAUGCGUUGAUUAUCCAGGAGAAGCAUGCAGCUUCAUUAAAUCAAGAAUACUUGAUACUUGGUUCGGCGUUCCAGAAUUUCAUUGUGAGGAGUGUUAUGAGGACUAUUGCAAUAAUAGAGCAAAUCAUCCAGGAACUAAGCUCACCUUUUAAACGGGGGUUCAGAUAAGUAGGCAAAAUAAUACUUAUUCAUUCAAAUAUAAAAUGAAUUUAUCUGAAAAC